AUGCGUCACCUUGAAAGCCUCUGUACUUGUUUGUCUCUUGUUUAGGAUUUUGGUCUUUGCUAGUGUGUUUUACAACAAGGUUGGUAAUGGAAGUAUCAGAAAGACAACAGCUAGACAGUUUUCUUCUGCUCCAACCAACAACUUCCAAAUUGAAGCAGAAACUUUCGGAAUUGUUAUACAUGAUCGAAAAUCACCGAGAUAACAUCGAUUGGCCCAAAUAUCUCAACACUUUGGGUCUUUGUGCUUCUGAACUUGUUGAGAUUCGUAAAAUUCUCGAGUCAGAAAGAUUCGCCUCUGCAACUUCGAUGAUUCUCACUCCUCGGUCUUUAAGCACUGAACCGGAUCCGAAUUUAGCAAAAGCAACUGAAGAUCGACUUCAUACUUUCAAUCAUGAGGCUGCUCCACAAUACCUUCGAACCAAACUUGAUCCUCAGGUUGAAUCACUCAGAAUAGCGGUGGAUGCUCGAGCUGAUCAGAUUCAAAAAUCCCAGGCAAUAUCUCCCAAACAAGCCAUUAAUCUGCACGAAAAACUUGUUGGUGAUCUUUUGGAAGAUAUGCGUUCCUUGAAGUUUGAGAUGGAACAGGAUCAAGAAAAACUGAUUCCUUUGAAAUCCAGUGCGAACCCGGAGGAUCUCCUUUCUCUAGUUUCCAUAAUGACGGUCGGGCGAGAGUAUACCCUGAAGGGCGGUGGACCCAAGUAA